GGGGGGCGUGGUGCAGUGCCCAGUUUGGCGCAUGCGCAGUAGCUCCGUCUGAGCUCGGUGAGGUUGGGUUGUACUUUGUAUUAGUACUGGGGGAGUUCGGGACAAUGAAGCAGAAUUCUAACGUACCGGCGUUCCUGAGCAAACUGUGGACGUUGGUGGAGGACUCGGACACCAACGAAUUUAUCACAUGGAGUCAGAAUGGUCAGAGUUUCUUGGUCCUUGAUGAACAACGAUUUGCAAAAGAGAUCCUGCCCAAGUACUUCAAGCACAAUAACAUGGCCAGCUUUGUGAGGCAACUUAACAUGUAUGGUUUCAGAAAGGUGGUCCAUGUUGACGCUGGAAUUGUGAAGCAGGAGAGGGAUGGACCAGUUGAAUUUCAGCAUCCAUACUUCAUUCAAGGGCAGGACGAGUUACUGGAGAAUAUCAAGAGAAAGGUAUCCUCCACAAGACCUGAAGAAACUAAAGUGAGACAGGAAGAUAUAUCCAAAAUUUUGAAUAGUGCUCAAAAAGUUCAGAUGAAACAAGACACUAUUGAUUCGCGACUCUUCACAUUGAAGAGAGAAAAUGAAGCCUUGUGGAGAGAAAUAACUGAUCUGCGCUCCAAACACUCCCAGCAGCAGCAGGUUAUUCGGAAGAUUGUGCAGUUCAUUGUGACCUUGGUGCAGAAUAACCGAUUAGUGAGUUUAAAGAGAAAAAAGCCUUUACUUCUCAAUACGCAGAGUUCUCAGAAAUCCACCAUUUUACAGACAAUGGUUAAAGAAACCGCUGAAGAGACACAUCAUGUCACCCAUAGGGGAGAUGGCUCAAACAGAGAGAUUUCUGAUGAUAUAGUCAUUUUUGAUAUAACCGACAAUAUAGAGGAAGGAGACAGAAAUGUACUUGCUCAAGAAAAUUCUGAUCAUUCUUCUGACACGCUGAAUGACCGGCUUUCACCUGAAAUUGUAAUUGUGGAGGAUGAUGUUGAGGAGGAGGAGGAUGAUGCCUCCAUUCUGCCAGACGAUAGAAAUUCAGAAAUGAUUGGUCCACUGAGCCCAGUCCGAGAAUACAUCUCAAGCCCACUGAUGUCUGGUCCUCUUCAGCUUAAUAACCAGUCCUCGCUUACUGCAGAAGACCCUCUCACCAUGAUGGAUUCCAUUCUUAAUGAAAGCGGUGUCAUUUCUCAAAAUAUUAAUCUCCUUGGAAAAGUUGAACUGUUGGAUUAUUUAGACAGCAUUGACUGCACCUUAGACGAUUUCAAAGCACUCUUGACAGGUCGUCAGUUCAGCAUAGACCGAGAUCUUCUAGUUGAUUUGGAAACCAAAGGAAUCGAGACAAAAAACAGCGAAGUUCUUCCAGGACCAGCAAAUUUCAAUACAGAUGGUGUGAAAUCAGACAAACAGCUUGUACAAUACACAUCUUACCCAUUCAUGGCUUUUCUGGAUGGAGACACCGGAGGUUUGACGUCGGAGGUCCCAUCUGCCAAGGAAAACGAUAUGGACAAUUUUCUAGAAUCUAGUCUGGAUUCGGAGCCCACGCAGAGUAAACUGGUGCGUCUAGAGCCCCUGACUGAGGCCGAGGCUAAUGAAGCCACUUUGUUCUAUUUGUGUGAACUUGCACCUGCAUCUCUGGACAGCGACAUGUCUCUAUUGGACAGUUAAAUACCUGGGAUACUGUACGCCUGUAUAUAUUCAUCAAAAUGAUGAACUAUUUAUUUUAAGUAUCAUUUUGGUACUAAUUUUCUCCCUCGUGUUUUUGCAAUUUCAAUUUUUUUUUUUAUUUAUGCACAAAAUAUUCUGCUAGAUUUGUUUUGUAUUUUAAGGGCAAGUUAUUUUAAACAAGGGUUAUAUAAUCCAGGCUUAUUUUAUCUUUUGCCUACUUUUAGUUGUACCAAAGUCCCAUUUGAUCCAUGUUGCUUUUUAUAUGUAAUGUAUAUACACCUGAUUUGUGGUGUACACACAUUCUUCUUCCUGUGACACAAGCACUAAUAAAACUGCACUUUAAGGAAAAGCACACCAAGCAUGUUAUGCUGGUCUGGGUCAUUGGAUUAUGAAGUGCAGUGUGCCUUGGUCUGCAUCAGAAUUGUGCAGGUAAGUACAUUCCUGUAUAUAAACGGUAUGCUGGAAUUACAGUGUAUAUAUAAAGCGUGAGCUAGGAACAAAGUGCCUGUCCUUAUUAGUGUGUUUUUGUUUUGAGGGACCAAUGAACAUUUCUGUUCAGUUAUACAGUGGGUCUUUAAUGUAAACCCAUUCAUGCACUACUAACGGUUGCUUUAUUAUGGCCGUGACAUGUUUUAUUUCAAUAAACGGAUCUGUUCCUCUUUUUUCCUUUUUA